AUGGUGAGAAGAGGGCAAGCUGGCACCAUGGUCACCUCCGUCUUCCCAUACCUCUUCAUUAUCCUGCUCACAGGGGGCUCCCCAGCAGGGUGUGCUGGAGACAGUGGCUCAGCAUCUCACGGCAAAGCUGGUGCUGCAGAGAAACCUAUCCUGCUGAACAGUAUUGGGGAUGCAGAAGCCUUCAUCAGUGGUGCUGAGGUGGCAGUCAUUGGAUUCUUCCAGGAACCGGAGAGUCCCGGAGCGUCCCAGUUCCGCCAGGCGGCCGGCCAGAUCCCGGAGGUGCCCUUCGGCCUCAGCACCAGCCCCGCCGUGCUGUCCCGCUACGGCGUGUCGGCCAACACCGUCACGCUGUUCCGCAGGGUAGACAAUGACCGGAGGGAUCUGGAUAUGAAUGACAAAGAAGUUGAUGUUGAGAAGAUGACUCGUUUUGUUCGGAUGAAUGAGCUCCGCCUGGUCACAGAGUACAACCCUGUGACAGCAAUAGGUGUUAUGCAGAGUUCUCUCCAGCUUCAUCUCCUCCUGAUCACAGACAAGAUGUCCCCAAAGCACCCUGAGCGAAUGCGCAAAUAUCGGGCAGCAGCAGAGCUCUUCAAGGGGAAGGUUCUCUUCAUCCUGUUAGACAGCAAUUUGAAGAGCAAUGAACGAGUAGUGUCAUUCUUCAAUCUGAAGAAGUCCCAGCUGCCAGCUCUAGCUAUAUUCCAUGCACCAGAUGAGGAGCAGGAUGUGUUGACUGUGAAUGAAGUCUCUGUUGAGCAUGUACAGGACUUCUGUAAUCGUUUCUUACAAAGAAUUAAGAAGAAAGAAGACGAACUUCAGGAUAAUGUCCCCAACGAGGAACUCUGAUUCUUUCUCAGCCGACAGAAUGACUGUGUCCAGAGUAAUCAGUUUGUGGUGUAUGAAGAGUUCACUGAGCUCAGGAAUUCCUGGCAUAGUAGCAUUAAGGGGUCAAGUCAGUCACAGAGUCCCAUCUCCAUGCUAUGUACAUAUAUGCUGUCUGUUCUCUCUAGGAAUCUCUUCUCCCUUGUCAUUUGUUGGCUCCCACUCUACUUACUCAGUACUCCAGGAGCUCUGGUAUUGCUCUGCACUGUGUCCUUCCAUGACACCUCUGUUGAAGCAAAGGAUGAUUUGGCAAAAUGGCAACAUCAGAGAUAAAGCUUGUAGAUCCCAGAGAUUUGUUUCCUUCAUUGUCUUUGCUUUUGAUGCCAUGCUGGGAUCCACUGUGCCUCUCCUGGCACUAGGAACAGAUUGGUUGCUUGACGUCACAUGAACUUUUCAAUUUAUUUUACUAA